AUGACAGAUGAACACUGCGAAUGCUCCCUCAGCUGUUCUUCAAGCACUGCUCCUCCGCGGUGUGACAACCUUCUGGAGCCGCAUGCUGACCACUCAUCCCCCGGUGUCCUGUGCAGCUGUCGCCCGUACUGGAGCCUCCAUGAACCACUGACACACUUUCCUCUGGCAGCGGACGUCUCAAAAGUACCAGGGCAUCUCUCCUUUCUCCAGUGCAUCAAAAAAACACUGAAUGCGACACUGACUUGUCAUUUAGCGCCUGGGCAUGGUCGUAGCCUGAACCGCCGCCUCCGUCAUCACUCUCUAUGA